AUGAAUGAUUCAUUGUACAAAUUUGCAUUCACUGAGCGAAUGCACAAAUUAAAAGAUAUUUUAAAACUACCACAGUUCUAUACGCCAGCAGAUUCACUUCCAUGGAAUGAUUCAGAAACUGAUAUUGAUGUAGAAAUGAUACAUAUUGCAAACACACAUGAUCUGGGUGCAGUCAGUCAAUAUAUGCCUCCUUUACUUGAAGAACCAUGUAUUUUGGAUGCCAAACUCUUACCUACCUCAACAAAUAAUAAUUAUUACUCUAAAUUGCCAAUUAGCGAGGAUAAAAAUAUUGUCUUUUUACUCACUGGCGAAGCAGAUGUUGCAAUAUCACUGAGUGCAUUAAAAAGGAUAUUACACUAUACUGAUACUAAUCAGGUAUGGACAAUUCCACUUGUCAUAAAGAAUGUAACUCUAUCAAAUGGUAAUACAAAACAAUUAUUACUUUUUGAUAAACCACUUCUCAAACAAACAAUUUCCAAAGUGGAUCUUAAUUUGCGAUGUCAUAAGCUUCUCGUUCGAUCCAAUUUUUGUCCAGUGGAAGGCUUUCGCUAUGAUUGUACGGAUAAAUUAAUUGAUGAGGGAAUAGAGGAAUCUUCAGAUGACCGUAUUUUGCAUAAUGUUGCUUAUAAGCUGUGGGUUCUCAGAGAAAAGCAAGUUGAAAAUAGUCGUAUGUUCAAGCAUAGAUCAAGUAAAUCCUUCAAAGUUCUCGUACGCACCAAAAACGAUGCGUGCCGGCCAUGUGAAGGUGGAUUACAAGCGGUCACAAUUGUACCCAAGAUGGAAUAUCAAUUAAAGUAUGGUGCGAAUGUAUUUACAGAACAGGAGAUAAUGUCACAGUGGACAGAUCUAACCUUCCGUCCUGCCUCAGUUCUUCAGCGUGUUCGUACGCAUUAUUGCACUUCGGAAGUUGUCAAAAUCGAAGAAGCUAAUCUUGAACAGAUCAGCAAGGAAGCAGCACAUCAACAAAUCAAUCCUCGCCAGGCAUUGGUUGUGUUGUACAAGCUACUCUUGGGUAUGGCAUAUCACAAUGAAGGGAAAUAUUUAUUACGGCAUGAACCCAAACAUGGAAAAUUUGUAACAUUGCUGAAAGAAGCAACUGACAGUUUCGCUCCAAGCAUCUUUGAUUUGCACGAGGAGUAUUCUUCUCACGCUAAAAUUGUUGAUCCUUAUCUUAAGCCGUGGACUCCUAUUGAUACGAAUGUUAUUCUUCCGGCAUUUGAAAACCAUGGACACUUUCCUGGCCUGUUAAAGCCGUCGCCGUACAAAAAGAAAGUUUAUAGGAAACCUGACAACAAAGCCACAUGCAAAACAAGAUCUCAAAGCAAAAUGAACUCACGAAUAUUGCGCAGCCAAGAUAUUUGAUGUGUCUGAAUGAGUGUGAGUAAGACAACUUAGUAAAUUUACAAUUAUAACAAGUUACAAUUGAUACAACUCUAUUUAUUUCUAUCACAUUCAUAUAGUUUUGCACAUUUAUUUUGAAACUCACUCGAAAGUCUCAAUUGCGUCAUCAUUAACAACACUGUCCUGGUUCUUUCUAUUAUCAACAAUAUAUUGAAAACUUCUUAUGAUGACAUUGGGAAAAGGACUUUGAAUAUUGUCGCUGCAUUUUGCAAUUACUUCGCCGUAAUUAUCAACACAUUUGAUGGUUACAAUGAGAAUCCCUUUAUCAUCUUCAGAAGUCUGCUUUGUAAUUGAUAUGCUGUUGGCUUGCCCAGGGCAGAAGUUUCUAUCUAUGUUCCCAUCGCAACUUUGUGCUAAAUAAAAAUGCAUGUAUAAUCAAAGGGAUUAAAAUAUUACGUAUAAAAUAUUACUUACCCUGGGCGUGUAUUAUUAUAGAAAGCGCAAUUAGUAAAACCAAUUCGAUCUUCAUGUUUGUUAAAAGUGUUGUUAUGAUGUACGACUGUUCAGAAAGAGACUGAAUUACACUAUACUUCCUUACCACGAAUCAAUAUCACAGAAGUCAAUGCUGGGUUAUCACAAUAGUCGCAAAAUAUGUGAAAUUAAGUAUACUUAAGUAUACCGAACCGUAUUUGAUGCAUUUAAACACUAGUACUUGUAUUUGUAUUGCGCGUUAAAUAAUUGUUUCAGGGAAAUCCGAUUAAGCAAUAUAUUAACGUCAGCGAUAUUAAGAGUGCUAGACAAAAUAUGGUUUUUGUAAUUGUUUGAUGUUUUUAAUAUUGUCAGCUAAACAAUUGUAAUAAAAGUAUGCGGAGAUAUCAUAUGUUUGUAUUUUAUCGAAAUGUAAUCUCAAAUAGAGUCAUUUCUAUUAAAUAUUAUUUUACUAAUAA